UCCGAGAGAAACUCCUCGAGAAGGCACGCGCCCUCGCGCUCUUCCUCCCAGCCUCGCCCUCCGCUCUCCAGGCGUCAAACGAUCUGCUUCCGUUGAGACUGCGAGGGGGGAGGGAGGAGGACAGGGGAAGGACCGGUAGCCUAGCAACGGAGACAAGAAAGUGGUAGCCCGCCGGCCGAUGCGUGCCUGCGUGCGUAGGGCGGUUAUCAGCGGCGGCAGCAACAACAACGGCAGCGCCGUGCAAAUAAAAUUGACUCUUCUUCUUCCGGGAUGUGAGCUUAAGCUGAAGAUCAAAUUAUUCCCCUCGCAGUAUGUUAUGUUGCUUCUAUAUUAAAUCACCACAGAAAUUGACCAAUAUAUGUAUGUAACGUUGGGAUUUAAGACAGACAUGAAGGUAAUUAGGCAUUCUGAGGAGGCAUUGAAAACAGCUCUUCUCUCCAAGGACAGACAGCUUUUGAAGCUUUAUGAGAAGUUUGAUCCUAAGGAGAAGCAUUUGCUGAAUGAAGCAUUUCAACAAGACAGUGCUCUUUUUAAACCUAUAACUCUGGAAUCUGAAUCAGACUGGAUUUCCUCACAUCCUGAACCCACCCAGGAUUUUUCACAGUUUUAUCAUGACCCCUGCAGAAAUUUGCCAACCCCACAGAAGAGACAGAUUUACAUCCAGCCUAUUGGUUCUUUUGGAGAUGCCAAAGUUAGCACAGAUGUCUACUUGAAAUGGCUGAGAGAUUAUUGUGAAGCAUUUUACUACGGCCUGACUGUAAGAAUCCUAGACCCAAUACCAGUUUCACACACAGGUUGUGCUUUUCGAAUCAAUGAAUACAUACACAAUCUGCAAAUCCAUGCAGGGUAUCUCUUGAGUUACCUAAAGAAAAAAAAGCCAAAGGAUGCUUUUUGCAUUGUGGGAAUAACCGUGAUAGAUCUUUACCCCAAGGAUUCUUGGAAUUUUGUCUUUGGACAAGCCUCCUUAACAGAAGGGGUGGGGAUCUUCAGCUUUGCCAGAUAUGACAGCGACUUCUACAGUGCAGACUACAAGGGCAAGUUGAAAACAACGAAAAAGCUUCCUGCAGCUGACUAUUCUGUGUUUGAUGAUUACUACACACCUGAGAUCACAAGUCAACUGCUUCUAAGAUCCUGCAAAACUUUGACUCACGAGAUUGGACACAUCUUUGGGCUCCAUCACUGUCAGUGGUUACAAUGUGUUAUGCAGGGAUCUAAUCAUCUGGAGGAAUCAGAUAGACGCCCAUUAGACCUUUGUCCUAUUUGCUUGCGCAAGCUGCAGUCUGUUCUUGGGUUCAGCAUUCUGGAAAGAUACAAGGCGCUGCAGAGAUGGAUAGAGGACAAAGCUAAUGGAACAGAAGAAGGGCACAGCAGUGAAGCUAGAGGAAGAUUGCCAAAGCCGGUAGAAUCAUUUACGGAAAGUUAUGAGUUGCUUAUGAAGUGCUUAGACGUUCUCCAGAAAUAGGUUUGCUAUGCAAGUUCAAAGGGAAUGCUCUUAUUAUAAUAGUAUAAUCACUGCUAAAGUAUGGUGAUGAAUUAAAUAUAUUUUAAAUUACAAACUUAAUAUACCCCUUAACAGUAAAUAUUUAAGCUGUUUGUUCUGCAUGUUUUCCUUUGUCUCUAUUAAGUUAGUUUUUUUUCCUGGAAUGUCUAACACAGUCUAAACACAUUAUUUAUUUCUUAUAUUGAAAGAGUUAAGCUGUGCUGCAGUCCAUGGAACUGCUGUCAGGCAUCUGAAUUAAUUGUUUUGUCCACAAUAUUGAUUGACAAAUUGAGCACUGUUUCUGUCUGUAAAAUACCUGCUUACAUGACUUUGGAACAAACAUCAGCAACUUAAAGGAGCAUUUUCUCUGCCUGUUGAGCAAAUGGUCAUGUUUGCAUUCCAUGAUAAAUGACAAACCCUGCUUAUUUGCAUGGAACAAGAAG